AUGGUUGUUCUUAGGGUUUCCUUCGGAGUAUUGGCCAUCAUUGCUCUUUCCUUUGGAGUAUUGGCCCCAACCAAUGAUGGGACAUCGAUAGACCAAGGAAUUGCAUAUGUGCUGAUGCUAGUCGCUCUAGUGCUCACAUACUUCAUCCACCCCCUUGAUGCCUCAUCCUACAGUUUGUUCUGAGUUAUAUUAUCAAAAGGAUGUGAUAAGCAAUGGAGAUUAGAGACUUCUUUUCGUUUUGGUUUUUUUUUUUUUUUUUUUUCUGGUCUGUUUAGUGGGGC